GUUGCGCCACUGGCACCAGCAACCCUCCCGACCCCACUAAGGGACAAGAGUGUAAAGACAAACUCCAGACUUCCCAUGAGGAGCUUUGCUCCAAGUAUGAAGCGUCGGAGAGAUCCAACGUUGCUCUGGUGAGGCAGGAGGCCGAGAUGCAAAAGUUUUGUGAAGUGAGGAUUAGUGAGUUACAACUGGUACUUGACAAUCUAAGAGCUGAAAAGGACGAUAUGUUUCAAAAGAUGUCAAAAGAGCUCACGUUUCUGCAAAGCAGCGAAAACAGUUUACAGGCAGAAUUGGACCAGGUGAAACAUUCAUACCAAGAACUCAAUCAGAAGUAUAAAAGAGAUGUUUCUGGUCUUAAAGCCCAAAUGGAAACAUAUGAGAACGAGCUAGAGCGUUAAAGAGAAGCCAAUUCAGAUAGAGCAAAGAGAUGUCACUUUGCUCUAUCUGAAUUGUCUUCUCUUGAGCAAAAACAAGAGCUGAAAUAUAAAGCAGCGUCAAAAGAGCUCCAGACCCUGCAGCAGAAAUUCAACACGGUCACAAAAGAUUUAAAAUGUGAAAAUUCUUCACUUCAAUAGCUGGUGGAAAAGCUUCAGAUACAGAUAAUUCAGGAGAGAAAAGCGCACAUGGAGGAGAUGGUGCAUCUAAACAACAUGAAAGCCACCUUCCAAGAAAAUACAGCAAAGGAGAUGCAAUUCCUGCAAGAGAAGGAAAGGGAUGCGCAGACUAAGUUCGAGAAGAUGAAAGAUAUAUACAAGGUGCUGCAUUGUAGAUAUGAAACCAAUAUUGCUGCACUGAAACAAGAAAUAGAAACAUUUCAGCAAGUAAGUUGUGAGAAAAAUAUUAAUUUGGAAGGAGCAAAUGACUAUCUAGAGAUUGGCACCUGUCUGAGAGAUGAGAAGGAAGAUCUUGAACAAGAAACACCACAAGAGUCCACAGAUUUUCAAGAGAAGGAGAACGAGAGCCAACCUGACCAUGAUGAAGAUUUACAUCAAGAGGUUUCUUCUGCGGAGGAUCCCUUAGAAGGAACCUCAUCAGGUUUUCCCACAUAUUUGGAAUCCAUAGAAAUGAUGGACUUUGCUGCAGAAUCCAACCAGGAGAAUUUGGACAACAUGGAGGAUGGUAAAAGGAAAAAACCAAAGCUUUCAGUUUGGAAAAGAAUGCAAAACUUCAUGCAUUUGAAGAAAUCAAAAAAGAAAGAAAAGAGUGAACUAAAAUCAAGAACAUCUAGCUUUAACCAUCGCGCCAUGUGGCACGCCGUCAUGAGGAAAUUUAGAAAGACUAGUUUUUUUCCUCCCAUUAACCAACUAAAAAAAAAAGAUCCCUUCCUAACCCAAUUAAAAUAAACCAUUCAAACUUUAAGAUGAAUUUGAAAUGGAAAAAAAAAGUGGGCAGCACAGAGACGCAGUGGCUUCCACUGCAGCUGCACAGAGAGGAUGUGUCACAUCUUUGCUGUGUGGACUUUGCAUGUUCUCCCUGUGCCUGCGUGGGUUUUCUCCAGGUGCUCUGGUUUCCCCCCACAUCCCCUAAAACAUGUAGGUUAGGUCAAUUGGUCAAUGUAAAUUGCCGCCUAAAAGAGUUUAAGAAACUGCAAGAAGUGCUUUA